AUGUCACUCGGCAUCACAGUGGAGCUGUCUGAAGAGCUGCUGAAGUCCUGUCUGGGCAGGCAGGUGUUCCUCUCCUCCUCCUCCUCCUCCUCCUCAUUAAAGCCACCGAGACCCCAGGCUGGGCAGGCGAGCAUGUCAUACACCCAGUUCAGCUACUCCUACUCAGCAUCUCCUCAGUUCUUGUUAUCCUCUAAUGCUCUGAGUUCCUGCUAUGACUGCAGUGGUGCUUCUCCAUCAGCUCCUGCACACAGUUCCCACCACGCCCCGCUGUACGAGGACACACCGGUGACCAAGCAGGACCUUCCAUCGCCGUAUGGAAACGCCUGUGUGAAAGAACAUGAGACAAUAACAGAAUCAUUUCUGUUCAGGCAUAAAUCUGUGGACGUGAACGCCAGGAGAAAAAACGCCACCAAGGAGACCACCAGCACUCUGAAAGCCUGGCUUCAGGAGCACAAGAAGAACCCGUACCCUACUAAAGGAGAGAAGAUCAUGCUGGCCAUCAUCACCAAAAUGACCCUGACUCAGGUGUCCACGUGGUUCGCCAACGCGCGCCGACGACUCAAGAAAGAGAACAAAAUGACCUGGUCACCACGGAACAAAACCUCAGAGGAGAAAAGCUGCGAUGAGGAUGCUGAUGAUGUUGCUGGACAGAUGAUGAAAUCAGAGAAGGAAUUUGAAGAUAACUUUCGGAUGGACGAUGCAGACCUUCCACAAAGCGAAGUGGACGACUUCGAUCUAACCGAGUCAGACGGCUCGGAGUGUGAACCGAAAUCAUGGUUACCCAUGAGCACCUGCGCACGACUGCGAGACGACGCAGAUGUUCAUUUCAGGCCAUCUCUGCGACACGGACCUGCUCCUGAAACAUCUACAGAGUACGACGCUCUUAAUCCACCUGCUUCAGGAUCGACGGCUGAGGAAGCGUGCUGUGGGAGGACGUCCUACCUCCAACAACACGGCCCGAAAAUCUGGUCCCUCGCACAGACAGCAAUGUCGCUACGCCAUGUUGAUUACCCAGCAUGCAUGCACAGGAGUCAGGGAGCGACGACCCCCUCUGCAGACCCAGCAGUGAAGCGUGUGGACUCUCCGGUCACCACUCUGAGAAACUGGGUGGACGGCAUGUUUCAUGGUCCAGCGCUGCAGCAAGGCGGCCGGUUAUGGACCUCAGAGGAGAAUUUCCAUGAACUGACCGAUCCUGCAGCAUCAUCACAACUCACAUAAUGAACAGAAACGGGAUUGUUUUUAAUAUACUCACUGACCACUUUAUUAGGAACACUUGCACACCUGUAUUAAUUAUUAAUAGUAUUCGGCAUGGCUUGAGUGGAAUGAAACAUUCAGGACAGAGGGGUUUUGCUCUUUUUUAUUGUUAUGAUUUAAGUUAAGCAAAUAAAUAAACACAUCUGACCUC